GAGGAACUGUCGUUACCGUUGUGUUUUAAAGGGGAAUGAAAACACUGUUGGACUAAUGUGGGCGUGGUGGCAGCAGAGACAGUUUCCUGUUUUGAAGGCAAACGACUGGCGGACUGACUUAAGAGUGUUGUGAGGAGCGGAGGAGCCAUGCCUUUCCUCCACGGGUUUCGAAGGAUCAUUUAUGAAUACCAGCCGCUGGUAGAUGCUGUAAUGUGUGUUGCUGGACUGGAGGAAGGAGAUGGUGGAAGUCAGGAGGACAGAGUCAGAAGCCCCGAGGACAAGUCUGGUCUGUGUAAGUCUCUAGUGGAGCUUCUGGAGCGAGAGUCCCAGUCAGAAGUCUUUGUAGAAGGCAUCAGCUAUGCUCUGUUUAAAGUUGCAGAGAGGGGACUGGUGUACGCAGCUGAAAUCCUUCUACGCUAUGGAGCUUAUCUGAACUUUGAGGACCCAGUGUCAUACUACAAUCCACUGCAUAUAGCAGUUUUGCGGAACAGGCCAAACAUGGUGAGGCUGCUGGUCGGGCACGGAGCAGACAUUGAAAAGAGAGACAGGAUCCAUGAGAGCAGUCCCUUGGAUCUUGCCAGUGAGGAGUCAGAGAGACUGCCCUGCCUGCUCACCCUGCUGGACCUAGGCGCUGAUGUGAAUGCAAGAGAUAAACAUGGGAAAACACCUCUGCUCCAUGCCUUGGCAAGCAGCGAUGGACUCACUGUGCACAACACAGAGAACAUCCAGCUUCUUCUUCAGAGAGGUGCUGACGUUAAUGCUGCAACUGUAGAUGGUGAAACAGUCGAGUCCUCAUUGGUGUUUCUGGUUAAGGAGGCUCUGGAGGCCAACAUGGAGGACGCUGCUGAGAUUGGUAACUUCUGCUUGAAAACCACACAGCUACUACUGGCUCACGGUGUGGACCCCAGCUGCUGUCUAAAUGAGGAUGGCGAGCCCUCCCUGACACAGACAAGCCUGGAGCACUUUGACCAUCUCUUUCCGCUGGCUGUGCUCUUAAUCCAGAGCGGAGCCUCUUUGGUUUGCUCCUAUCACGGCGACUCCUGUUGGUCAGGUUACAGCCUCCUUUUCCAGCGGCUCCAAACAGCCCUGCGGCAGUGCUCUGAUCAAAGUCAUGCCUCCGAGCUCCUGGAGCAAGCUGAGGUGUUGCUGGAUUUAGCGAGGGUAAACAUCCCCAUGCUGCAUCUGCCUCCCCGGCUGGAGCUCCCUGUGCCUGGUCGGGACACUCACCCAUAUGCUCAGGCUCUGGUAGACCUGCACAGUCGGGUAGUAGAGCAUGAAGCAAGCCCUCCUGCUUUGCGUUGCCUUUGCAGGGCAUUAAUAAGGAACCACCUACAGCCCUGGCCACUGGAAAACAGAGUCAAAGCCUUGCCAUUACCAGACAGACUGAAAGACUUUCUUCUCCCUGAGCACACAUAUACCCCAAGACCUGGCUGGGACUGCUUCAAGCCCCAACAGAGCCAACGCUGACGAUAUAAGCUGCUGACUAGUUUUUGUUCCACCUAGAAUCUGAAAUGAAAGACUGAUAUGGCCAAAAAUAAUUUGAAUAAAAUGUCUGGGCAUUUGUCCAUAACUGAUGCUAAACCUAAUAAACUGUUGAGGCCUUUGUUGAAUUCACAUUUUAUGAUGUCUGUGCCAAAUUUACAGACAAAUGUGUGUAUUUUUGCUUUAACGUACAAAAUAAUGUAUGUACAAAUUAGCAUUUGAGUUGUAGCUAAGUUGUCACUGUCAUGGUUUAACUGCUGUACAUCCGAGUGAACCGAAUUAAUGUGUAAAGGAAGUUGCAAUACAAAAUAAAAGCCUCCAGAUGGCAAUGUUGCUCCUGCAUGUCAAAAGUAGCUCAGAUGCCAGGGUCAAAGAUUUAGUUAUUCUCAGUGCAGCCUAUUAAAGUUGUUCUGGCGCAGUAGGGUCCAUCUAUAUUUUAUCCCCACAACGUGAUGGUAAUGUAUUGUGGAAUUUUUGUAUCUUCUCGCUUAUCAUGAAGAUAGACCAAUAAAACAGUCGUGUCUCUCCAACACUGUCCUGAUAUGUAUACCCAGUCAAUGCUAGUUGACAUUAUUUCAUAUUUGUCAAUAUAUUACUGUUUUUAACCGACCAGGUAGUGGCAGUGCAGCGCUGAGUAUGACUCUUACACUCACCUGCUACCUGUUAUAGGGGAAUAAUCCGUGCUAUAUAUUUGCCUCAUGGUUGUGUGCACACACCAGACAUCAGUUGAGUGAAUGUUAAAAUGUAGCAAGAAUAAAAUGCUAAAACACUGCAGGAAGAAUGUCCCAGUAGAUGUUUUGAUAUGGUUUUACUGUGACAUAAUGUAGCUGCAGUGGCCGCUGGCGUGGAAAGUUUUACUAAGCAUUCUUAAUGCUUAUGUUGAAAUUCAGAUGAAAUUAGGGCCCCUCUCCUCUUUUUUCUGCCGCCUGAAAGAACCGUACUAAUGGUACAGGAACACCAUAGGGUUCAUAUGUGUUUGCAUCCAUGUGUGUUUGACGAGCAAACUAAAUAGGACAUUGUGUUACACAACUAACCCCUUCCUGACAUUGCUGAAGCUGGAGUGGCUCCAAGGCUUGCAGGCGCUCCAGCUCCUCUUGGUUAUCUAGGUCACAGCCUCUGAGGAGAAGAGCCUCAGCAGCAGCAGCAGCAGCAGCAGCAGCCCUGCAUGACACACGCUUCACUCUCCUGUCCGUCCGAAUCUCCCUGCAUAGGCUUGACAAAACCUCAA